UGAGUAUUAUUAUAUAGUAAUAACAUAAUCGAGUGAAUCACAUAAACAAAGAAUCGUCACUAAUCGUCAUCAUCAAUUUAUUGACAAUAAAUUGUUAGGUUUUUCUUGUUGUUUAAUAAUUUAAUAAAUUUGAGUGAAAAACAAUAUAUUAAAUUAUUCAACAACAAAAAUAAAAUCUAACAAUUUACUACCUAUAAAAAAAAUUAGUAGAAUUUUCAUCCGACUAAACCAUGAAUUCAAAAAAAUAAGAAAUAUAAAAAUUUAUUUAUAGACCCUCAUAGUUCUAAGCUAAGACCAUGGAGACGAAGAUUCCAGCAAUAGCAGUAACAGACACAAAUGUCUUGGUGAUUGAGAAUGCAGCAGAGGGUGCCUCAGCUCCAGGCUGUUCCGGUGUAGCACCACCCGGGCCUGAUGCCGGGCCAUUUGGGCCUGUAGGCGCGGGUGGGGAUGAAGUGUUUGGGCUUGGGGAUGAAGGAGAUGGUGCUGGAGAAGUUGUUGAAGGAGAGGGUGUUGGUGAUUUUGUGGAGGGUGAUGGAGCUGGUGCUGAAUUAGGUGAUAAUGAUCCUGUGGGGGAUGGUGCAGGUGCUUGUGCUAUGCAUGAUGUAGCCAAAAGUCCCAAUAUCACAAACAAUUUGAUUGAAGAGAAACCCAUCUUAUAUACUCCUAUAUAUGUUUUUUGAGAGAAAA